AAGUAGUGGAAAGAAAAUUCCCUUUUUGCUUCUACAAUCUAGUUGCUUAAAUAAGUGAAAUUGUGACAUAUUGCUUUUCUGGGUUAUUUAAGACAUUUCUGGAGAGUAUCCAAGUAGGGCAUCUGUAAUUUUUUUUUUUUUCAUGUGUUGCAAUCUCCAAAUAAUGAAAAUUCCCAGCAUUUCUUCAUCAUAUCCCCUGAUUAUGCUGCUGUGGUGGCACAUUUUACCCUCGCACUGCUCUGAAGUCCUUUUCCAGCAAAGUAGGAGUGAUGCUUUUCCGCUGUGGUUCCUCAAACAAGUACAAGAAGUUGGAUGCAAAGCUUGAAAGGAAAAUGAUGGAAGUCAAGAGAAACACAUCAGGGCGUAACAAUUUCAGAUCAUUUGACAGCAUAAUCAUGAGGUUCCCUCAAUUCAAAGAGGGAUUGAAAAAUAUAAGAGGCGUGUUUGCACAGUAUGAUGAAGACUCCAAUGGGAUUAUUGACCAUGAGGAACUAAAGAAAUGCCUACAGAAACUGCAACUCCAUCUUACAGAACAAGAAAUUGAUGAUCUUUUCUGUUCCUGUGAUGCUGAUGAGAGUCAAGGGAUACAAUUCAAUGAGUUCAUUGUUAUUCUGUGUCUCAUCUAUCUCCUAAUGGAACCUUCCACCUCUACUCAUCCUACAUCAAAGAUGGGUUCACCACAGCUCGAAGCCACAUUUGAUACAAUAGUUGAUGCAUUCUUGUUUCUUGAUAACAAUGGUGAUGGAAAGCUGAACAAAAGGGACAUGGUCAAGGCUUUGAAUGAGGCUUCUCCCUGCGAGAAAUCAUCUGCACAUAUUACUAGGACACGAUUCAAAGAAAUGGAUGGGAACAGGAGUGGGAAGGCUGGCUUCAGGGAUUUCCUCUUUGCUCUUACUGACUGGGUUGGACUUGAUGGUGAUGAGGAAAUUCCUAUAUCAGGAAGUUAAUCUAAGUGCACGGGCAGCAUAAUGAGCAAAAAAACAACUCAAAGUGAGUUUAGAUUUGGUAUAUUUGUGUGUACAUAUGCCAAAAAUGUAUUUAGUGUAUUAUUAAAAAAUAUUGUUGCUGUAUCAUACAUACACCAUUUAUGAUUUCCUCUUCAAAUAGUAGACAUCUGAACCAUCCUAGGACUUACUGCUAUAAAUUAUCAUUGAAUAAUUUUUCUCUCUUC